CUUUAAAGCGCUUUGCAGGCACCGUUCUCAGACUCUCUUCUUUUCUGGCUUUUCAAUGACUGGAAACGUCUAGUCCUCUGUGAAAUUCAUAUAUUACCUGGAAACUUGGGGUCAGAAGAGACUCCCCGGAUCUUUGCGGUGAAAAACUUCUAUAAUUUAUAUCCGACAGUAUAGCAAACGCUAUUUAACAUGCCUCCAAAUAAGAAGAAAAAGAAGCCGGCAUCGAAUCCGGCCCGAGGCUUUGCAACGGUUUCAGUCCCCUCACGGCCAAAGAUAGUCGAUUUGACGGCAGUCUCGUCGACUGCAGAGUCGUCACUUGCAGCAUCCGAAGGGGAGAACUCACCACCACCAACAGAUAUACAACAGCCUGUUGCAGGAAAUGACAGCAAAAAGACCCUGCAAGCUUUGUCACCAGAAGAGCUUGAAAGGCAUUUUGAACAGGCGGAACUACAGUCUCUAGUGGACAAACAUGCCGCCAAAUGUAAAAGCGAAGCCCUUCGCCAAGUCUCCAAACUUGAAACCGAAAGGCGUGUGCUGAGACCCCAGGCCAAUAUCUUGGGAUUGAACGACUGGAUGCCCCAAGAUAUCUUAGAUAGAGUCCUUACAUCUGCUCAAACAGAACUUGACAACCGCGACCCUCCAUCCGAACGAGACUUGGAUGGUUCCAAGGAAGAAGAAUUAGCCACCAGACUCUGGACUCUAAAAGAGACAUUCCAGAAAUUACGUUUCUCUCAGACUCGAGUGGAGGAACUCCUGAAAUACCUAGUAACAUACAAUUCUGGAUUCGCAGGUGGCAGUAAAGACUUGUCUUGGGUUAUAGAUGAAUCCUUAAAUUGGCUGGCAUUGCAAUGCAGUCCAGCCGAACUGCCACCUUAUGACAAAAAGGAGGCAGUUUUUCCAAAGACUGAGGAAGCGAUAACCUCAUGGAUAAAUGAUAGUAAAGAGCGUCAGUCUGCAAGCGCCUCAAUCUCGUCUACUCCUGGCAAGGAUGACUGGAAGAAGUCAAAAGCUCCUCCUCCACUCAUCAAUGAUCCGGAAGUUGUUUUGGACGAUUCAGAUAGCUCUAUUGACCCGGAGAAUUUUGUUGAUGAAUACGUUUCUCUACAAAGCCGCUUAUACAAAAUCCAACCCAGGCUAAUCGAUCAGCUGGCAAAAGGCGCGAAGAGGGCAACGCGAGAAAACCGUGCUCAAAACGAGUCAGAUCCUAGAGCAAAAUCAAUAUUACGGAAACUCACAAAGAUAGAGAAUGAUGUUCUUUUUGAUCGUCACGAAGCGGACGUCAAGUGGCUAGAUACGCUCAACCAUCUCAGACAAGAAGCAGCAUUUGUUAGAGAAAAGGAACGUACAAUUGAAACACCCUCCGGUCCUAUCCAGCCCUCCAAAGAUUUUGGGGAAGAUUCUGGGGUGGUGGGUGAUGCUCCUUUGGAAACUCCAAUAUCCGACGAUGAGGGUCUUUUUGGGGAAAUAUUCGCAGGAGACAUAAGUAAUGGGCCAUCCUCGAUUCUAGAGACACCCAACUCACAUCAUUUACUUCGCGACUUCGGAAAGCCAAGUGGACUUAGUCCACGGAGGGUGCUCGAAGAAGUAUGCAAGGCAAGAGAUCCAGCCUCGAAGGUACUUUUUAAAGAUUUAUCAGUAUCGUCCUACUCGAAUCGGAAGGCAAUUGAGAUACAAUGGUCAAAACCGCAAGAGGAGCCGUUACCUAUAACAGUAGAAAGAGUGACUAUUCAGUCGAAUCCUUUCACCUUGUUUGCAUCUAUGGACUCUAUUGCAACCUCCACGUCACCUCAAGCAGAAGGCUACACCUCUACUCUUGGGCUCUUCCUCAUUUCGUCGUUGAAUACUAAGGAGGGAAAGGCUUAUCUUCGUCUUCCAGCGGUAUGGAGAGAGCUCUGGGCUGAAUUCUCUGAAAUAAAAAAACGAGAAGAAGAUCAGGCAGACAAAGCACAGUUCAAAUACCUAAGAGACUUGAUACAGGAGCACCAUGGUAAAUUUGAGCACGAUGUUGUCUUGUCUGAGAAUUUCAAAAGGAGAAACGGAAGCUCUAAGAAGACCGAGCCACCUGAAAUUUCCCAAGAUCUCGGUUCGCACAUAUCUACAGAAAAGAUGACACACUUAUGGAAAGAAAAAUCGUCGACUUCAUCCUUCCAAAAAAUGGCAGAGUUUCGAAAAAGUUUACCGGUUUGGGCAUAUAAGCAGGAAAUCCUUGAUACCCUGGCUAACAAUCAAACCAUUAUUGUAUGCAGCGAGACUGGAAGUGGUAAGAGUACACAAAUUCCUUCAUUCAUCAUGGAGAACGAGCUUGCCAAUAGCCGAGAGUGCAAAAUUUAUGUUACUGAACCUCGAAGAAUCUCGGCAAUUUCGCUUGCACGACGAGUCAGCGAAGAGCUUGGUGAGAAGCCCCAUGAAGUUGGGACCAACAAGUCUUUGGUUGGCUAUGCGAUCAGGCUAGAAAGUAAGAUUAGCCAAAGCACUAGGUUAAUAUUCGCGACAACCGGUGUUGUUGUACGCAUGCUGGAACGACCUAGUGAUUUUCAGGACAUUUCUCAUAUUGUACUUGAUGAGGUCCACGAGAGGAGUAUUGACAGUGACUUUUUACUUAUUGUUCUACGGCGUCUUUUGGCUCAGAGACCAGACUUGAGAGUUGUCCUUAUGUCUGCCACUGUGGAUGCUCGACGUUUUUCAAACUAUCUCAAUGGUGCACCAGUUCUCAAUAUUCCUGGACGGACUUUUCCAGUUGAAGUCAAGUAUCUCGAGGAUGCGGUUCACUUGACAAAUCAUCGAAUAGCCGAUCAACAAUCAGGCUCUAUUAUUGAUGACGAUGAAGACUCAUCCUCGGAGGGACCUCGUAAUGACGAUGCAACACGAAGUUUAAGAGUAUCUCUUGAAGGGUAUCCACAGAAAACCAAGGAGACUGUCUUGAAGUUUGACGAAUAUCGUCUUGAUUAUCGUCUAAUCACAAAACUUUUGGUCUCGAUCGCAACGAAACCAGAAUUGAUCUCGUACAGCAGAGCAAUUCUAGUCUUCAUGCCAGGUUUAGCAGAAAUUCGUCGACUUCAUGAUGAAAUUGGAGCAGAUUCGAUGUUCAAUCAGGGGUGGAUUCUUCAUACACUCCACUCAUCGAUUUCCAGUGAAGAUCAGGAAAAGGCUUUUCUUGUGCCACCGGAAGGAACAAGAAAGAUCGUGAUCGCCACCAAUAUCGCAGAGACUGGUAUUACAAUUCCAGAUAUUACUGCUGUUAUUGAUGCUGGAAAGGAAAAGGUCAUGAGGUAGUCAUAGCAUUUCAGGUAUUAGAUUGUUGCUGAUAAUAUUUAAGAUUUGAUGAGAAACGCCAACUGUCUCGACUAGUUGAAUCAUUCAUCUCUCGGGCUAAUGCCA